GCGGAGCCUUUAUUUGUUUAGGGGGUGAGGUGCUCACGUCCAGGAGUCGGCGGGGAGCUUUCAGCCGCCGCUCAGAGCGGCAACGUGGGUGACAUGCUCCGCAAUCUCGCAAGGGGCCUCGCCGGACAUUCAAAAUGGCACAACACCCGCUUCCGCAAGGCGCGGCAGGAUGCUGUCAAACUCGCAGUCGCCAGCAAGUUUGCCGGCAUGAUCCGAGUGGCGGUUGGAGCUGGCGACGAAGCCGGUGUUGCUGAUGCUGUGGCCCGAGCGAAAAAGGAGGGUGUGACACGCGAGGUCAUUGAGCGCGCGCUCGAGACGAGCCGCAACCGAGAGGCCUACAAGGAGGAGAUGUACGAGGGCUCCCUCGCCGGAGGAGUGCUCGUCCUCGUCGAGGCGUUGACAGACAACCCGAGGAGAACGGCGCCAAAGGUGCGCCACCUCUUCAAGGAGGGCGGAGGCGCACUCGGCGCAGCGGGGUCCGCGGCGUGGGCGUUUCAGAGGCGAGGUCUGCUGCGCGUCCAAGGCAUCAGCAGCGACAACGAAGCUCUGAUCGAGGCGGCGCUCGAGGCGGGAGCGCAGGACGUCGAGGAGGAUUCGGCAGCACACCUCGAGGCUGACGACGGCCCCUGCGCCGCCGUGUUUUGUGAGCCCAACGAGCUGGCUGCAGUGCGAGCCACCCUCAGCGCGAGAGGGUUCGAGGCGAGCGAGGCUGCGAUCCUCUUCGUGCCGAGUACAACCGCAGAGCCUGCGGCCGGCCUGCGAGAGGCAGCGGAGAGCGCGCUCCUCGCUCUCGAGGAGAUGGAGGACGUAGAGGGUAUCUGGCACAAUCUUGCACCAUAGAU